AGUAGACGGAGUCAAUGUCAUAGAUACAAGGAGAGCGAUAGACAAGGAGGACGGACUUCGCGACAAACAAGAAGGAGAGGAGAGAGCAACACACCCAGCCUGCGCAUGUGUGUGGGUCAUGUGCAGUGGACGGGGGCUCACGCAACCGCACAUGGGUGGCGACAUGAAGGCCAUUACUGUGUUGGUGCGAUAACCGGCUCUAGUGAUCCAUCGAUCCAUUCAUCCUUACUACCUAGGACUUACUACCACACAUCGACCGACUGCAUCUCUCACUCAGGGACAGAGCUCGAGAGGGGGAGGGAGGCCAUACACCAUGACAACGCAUGCACGCUGCCCUGCCUACGCGCCACCAAGCAAGCAAUGUGCCGGUGGUGGGUGGGUGGGUGGAUGGAUGGAUGGACAAGACUCGGGCAAGAGAGACAAAUAUAGGAUAAUCGACAACCUGACUGACUGACUGACUCGCUGGCUCGGUGAAAAAUGCCUCUCGCAGCACCUAGAUGGGCACACAGGCAGGCAGGCAGGCAGGCAGGCAGACAGGGAGGCCGCUGCAUGUGGCCGCAUCUUCGGCACCCGACACCCGACAGCACACACACAGCUCUUGCCCCAUUACGUCAGGAAAACUUGUGGACUGGCCGAUACCCCCCACCAGAAAACACCCAGGAGAAAGAGACACAAACGAGGCCCCCGCCCGCCCGCCCGGCCGUUAAAAUGGCAACAAGCAAAGAGCAAGCAAACACCAAAGAGGCCCCCUCUCUCAGAAGAUGCAAAAAUGUAUGCCAGUGUGUGUGUAUUGCACAGCCGAGCAAAGCAAAGAAGUGCCAGAAAGCUGAGCUAACCACAGGAUGGUUAAGUAAAGAGCCGUUGGAGCCGGGGGAGCUCCGCUCGAUAGACACAUGGCGCGUUGGUCAUGCCUCCUGUGAGCCCAAUGUCAGGAGGUUCCUGUGGUUGUAGGGAAUAAACCGGUACCCUUGCGCCUUGUAAAACUUGUUCUGGAACUCAACCCUGGAGACAGGCACCGCAUGGCAUCGCAUCAUACACACCGAUCGUGUGUGUAAGGUGUGUCUGUCUGUGUCCGUGUCCGUCCGGCGGGCUGACUGACCACUGCAGCCGAAGUGCGUGCAGGAAGCACUCGAGGACGUCCAUGCACAGCAGCACGCCAAAAGUGAUGCCCGCAAAGAUCGCAAACGCCACAAACAGCUGAACGAAUGGAUGAUGCCAUCCAUCAAAGAUCGAGCCAUCCAGCCAUCCACUCACUCACUCCCUCACUCCUCAAUGCCUUACUGCGAUGGGUCUGACAAGGCUGUUUUCCAUCUCGAGCACGCCGAGGAUGGACUUCUCGAAGAACACCUACACACACAUGCACACACACACACACACACAACACGCGAAACACACAACACACCUCCUCCAUGUGUGUGUGUGCAUGGGCAUGGGCAUGUUGGUUCGGCGGUCCUUACGAGUGCGAGUUGCUGGUGUGCGAGUGAGAGUGCCCACAGCCGUAGGUAGGAGGCCGUGUUGGACACCGUACCCAAGACAAACUCUAUCGUCUCGAUCACCUGUCCAAACAACGACCAAUCGACACACAAUGCAAUGCAUGGAUAGACCGACAGACCCAUGGCGUGGCCACUGACUUGGUGGAUGAAGACCUCGCCAAUCUCGAACUCCUCCUCGUGCUCAUCCUGCACACACACACACACACACACACAACCAUACACACACACAGACACCUGUGCUGUGCGUGCACCCAUAACAUGCACACAUGAACGAACGCAUCCGGUACGUACGUACCUCCCCAGCGUAGCCCUCCUCCUCAGUGUCGACAGACCGACCUAUUCCAAUCCACACACACACACACACACACACAGACGAUGCACACACUACGCCUGUCCGUCCGCAUGCACUGCACACACGUCACGCGUGUGUGCGUACUCUGUGGGGGUGGUUUGUUGAUGCUGUGGAGGCACCACAGGAUCAGCGGCUUCGGGAACAACAUCGUCGGCACCGUCAACACGCACACCAGGAGCAACCACUGAAUGCACUCAGUCAGUCAGUCAAACACACGCACACACGAAUAAGCACAGCGGUGAAUUGAAUGAACGCAGCACAUGUGAAUGUAUGUAUCCAUGGGUGGCCAGCGUAGCGUAGCGUACCGGUUGCAGCGUCUGCUGUCCGUCGAACAUGACAUCUGUGGGCUCCAUGGGCUUCAUCAACGCCCAGUUGAUCAUCAAAUUGAUGAUCCUGUGGGACAUACACGACACACGGCUCUCAUGCCCCUGUCUGGUCUGCAUGCAUCACGUCAGGUCACAUGACGAGACGGUUCCCUCACUCCAGUCCACUGACUGACUGACCCCGGUUUGUUGUUUCCCUGUAUUGGCGUGAUCCACUUGAGGACAAUGAGGAAGUCCAUGUAGCCGAACAUGCCAACCAGGAAGAUGACCUGCGGAAUGAACUCCAACAGGAAAUCCAACGGCUUCCUGCAAUGUAAUGCAAUGCAAUGCAAUGCAAUCACACACAAACACACCAUACACACGCACACGACGGGUGCCUCCCCUCCUCCUUCCGUGUGUUGUGUGUGUCUGGGGUGGGGUGGUGACACACGUGGCUGACUGAUGAGUGAGUGAUUGACCUGUAGUGUAUUGCAUUGGCGCCCUUGAGGAAGACACCCAGGCCCAUCUGAGUCACGCCAACCUGUCAGUCACAACGACCAUCGACCAACACGUCUCGCCUUGAUGCCUCGUUAGUUACGUCUCUCUCUCUACAUGCUCUCUCUCCUUGUGUCGUCUGCUCACGAGGACGGCGAAUUUCAUCUUGAACGAGUUGGCGAAGAGCAGCUCGUUGGAGGCACCCUUCCACACGGGAUCCUGAACACCCAGAGAGACAGAAUGCAGGCGUGGAUGGAUCAAGAGUUGACGGCCGGCUGGCUGGCUGGCUGGCUGUCUCACCAUGCCGAAUGGGUACACGGUGCCGUCGGACACAUACUGCACACACCACACACACACACACACAGACAGACAGACAGACAGACAGGUCACAUGAGCGCCGCGUGUCGUGUCUGGCUUGCUCCAUCUAUCCAUCCAUUCUGCACGCAAUGCAAUGCAUGCUGCCUCUUCCCUUCCUCAGCAGCGCUAGACUAAUAGUCUGUCUCCACGGCAUACAGCUCAGGAUUCAAGUUUCGUAUUAUUACAUCACGGAGGGAAGGCAGCCAUGCACUGCCCGCGUAUGGAUGGAUGUAGGCAGAGCAGAUAUGCACUCAUUCACUGACUGACUGACUGACUCACCGUGUUGCCCACGGGUUUGAAUCGAGAGCCGAAGAGGUUCAACGCGAUGGCGAAGAAGUCGUUGUACAUGAAGCCUGCAAUCACACACACAUCGAGACACGUCAUGUCAGGACGUACACACAUACACACACCCGCGGGUCUCUCUCUCUCUCUCUCUCUCUGGCAGGGGAUAGGGAUCUCUGUCUGUCUGUCACUCACCGGCGUAGACAGCGAAGAAGCCCAUCAGAGUGAUCAUAUACCUACACACACGAGACACACAAACGAACACUUUUUGCCCACACAUCCUAUCCUCUCCUCUGCGCGUGUGCCUGUCGACCUGCCCACCCGUCCCACACACCUGGCCGUCAGCGCCCCCUUCAUUGUCUCGUCAUCCUUCCACCGCUCCGCAUUCAGCAACAGAUACGAACCUGACACACACACACACACAGACAGUAGUACCAUGUGCGUGUGUGUAUCUGUGUAUUUGUGUAUGUGUUUUUACCUAGGAGUAGUAUGCAGAGUCCGUGUCCGAUGUCGCCGUACAUGAUGCCGAAGAGGAAGGGGAAGGUGAUUAUGGUGAACAGCGCAGGGUUGGCCUCCUGGUAGGACGGCACGCCGUACGUGUCCACCAACUCCUGUUGGUGGGCGAGGCGAACAACGAAUCAAUCGCACCCACCAGAAUGACUGACUGACGUGGUUUGUGUGUCUAUGUGUGUGUUUGUGUGUUGUGUGUGCGUGCCUGGAAUGCGCCCGAGAACUCGGUGCGUCUGAUAAAUGUGGGCGGGGCCCUCUUGGGCUGCUGCUUGUCCAUCAGCAGAAACGCACUCAGUUGCUGUCAUACAGAGGGAGGGAGGCAGGGAGGGGAAAAGGCCAUGUACACAGCCGCAUCUGUGUGUGUGUGUGUCUAUGUGUGUACUUGUUGGUUCGAGUGUUCAAUGAGUAUGUUUCUGAUGCUGUCCUCCUCUAGCUCUGGGUACCAGCAGUUGGCCCGCAACGUGAUGUCGCCUGAAUACACACACACACACACACGUGUCCGUGUGGACGGACAGACACGUGCUCUGCUCUGCUCUGCUGUCCUGUGUGUGUGUGUACCUUCCUUACCUUCGAACAUGUUGAGUGUGAUGUAGAUGGCCUUCUCCUUGAUGCAGAACAGCCGCCACUCCUCUAUCAGACUGUUGCCACCCUCCUAAACCAACCAACCAACCAACCAACGAACGCACAGUCACACACAUGACAUGCCAUGCAGGGAGGCAGGCCCCAUUAAUUAGCUAGCUAGCUAGGUGGGUGGCGUGGAUGUGUGAGGGAUGUGCGGAUGGAUGGAUGGACUGUAUGGUGACUGACUGACCACAGGUUCGAGUAGUGUGGCGAUUUGGUCCCUCAUGUGCUUCUCAAACGCCUCCAACGCCUGCAAUGGGGCAGUAGCAGCAGCACCAGCACACACACACACACACACACACACACACAAAUGGAUCGACAGACUCCCUUCCUGCCUGGCUGGCUGGCUGCCUCUACGUGUGUCCUUCCUGAGUCUGUUGCUUGCCUUUGAUGUUUCCUCGAGGUUGAGUGCCGUCUCGUUGAGCUCUCGCUGCAACUCCAUGAUCGAACCGGGACUGCAGUCAGUCACACAUCAGAUGCAUCACAUGCACGACACGACAAAGGCACAGGUAGGCAUAUAUUUGCCCAUCGGUGGCGUGGGUGGGGUGUGUUCCCCCCGUGCAGUGCACGUGUUGUGUUGAUGUGUUGUUAGGGUAGGGAACGCACAUGGUGUACAUGCUGACGCCGAACGCGGCACAGAUCUUCUUGAUCUUCUCAAACAUGGCGCUCGUCGUCGAACCCUUCAUUUCAUCAUCAUCAACACACACACACACACACAGGGACAUGGUAUGAUGGAUGCAUCGAUGUCUUGACCCACUCCCUCCCUCCCACACAGUGACGCACAGCCGUACGUCCGUACCAGGAAGUAGACGAUGAAGACGCUCUUGGCGACCUCCUUGCCCGACUUGGCGUCGACCAGCUUCUCAGCGAUGGGCGUGAACGACACGUAGGUGUUGCCGCGCGACGCUCGGAACAACGUACGCGCAAACCUCUCCUGGUCUGCCAGCAGUAUCACACCCGCUACGUUGCUGCAGUGCGGUGCAGUGGGUGUCACACAAACAGCAUAACAACACACACACCAGAUACACACGCGUGCCCUCACUGUGGUGUGUGUUGUUAUGGUGUGAGCGUGUGUGAUCUGACUUGGCCAUGUCUAUGGUGGUCUGUCCGCCGCCGCCCUCCUCGAGCAGCGGCUCCCUCCCCCGGUCGCCGAAUGUGUCUGAAGCGCGUCGCACCGCCUGGACGUCGGCCGGCCGGGGGCUGUCGAACAUGGCCUGCGCUACCAACAACACCUGACGCCACUCAGUCUGAGUGAGGCACGGAGGGAGGGGAGCCAACAACACACACACCACACGGACAGACAGACAGGUACGUGCACAUGACAUUGGGGGAGUGUGUGGAGGAAUGAAUGGUGUUGAUGGGAUAGUCGCACGGUACCAUACCACGCUGUUUCUUUGUUCGGUAAGUUCCUGGUUGUUGUCGCGGAACUUGACAAACUGCUCGUACAGCUUCUUCAAAGACUCCUACAGUGUGUGUAUCAAUCAGCAUAGCAUAUGCGCCAGUCAGUCAGCGAAUGAGUGAGUGUGUGCCCCUCAUCCAUCCCCUCCCCUCACUCACCUCGACUUUGUCAAGUUGGUACUCGUGGUCGUGCGAUAGGAACUCGUCGAACUUGUUGCGCAGAACCGGGCCACCAUGCCGACCCGUCUCCUCAUACAGAAACCUGCACGUCCACCGCACAGACACACACGUUCACACCACACACACACGCAGUGCAGUGCAGUGCAGGUCGGUCGAUGUGGGCUGUGGUGUGCUGUGCUGCCACAUGACAUGUGUGGUGUGCGUGGAGGUGACGUGGUGCAUAUGGAUUGACCCCAUAUCUUUUUAUGCAUACCUGAGGAUGCGUUCCAUUUCCUCAAGCCUCUGCACAUACUUCUUGUAGGGCCGCUGCAUCGAAUGGGCGUUCAUCUGACAUGACAGCACAGCACACACAGCACAACGGACAGACCAGACAGACAAACAGACGCAGAAAAGACAACCACACAAAUACACACAUGAAUUCAGUACACCCAUGGCAUGGAUGGACUGGACACGUGUGUGGUUGUGUGUGUGUGUGUGUCUGUCAGUGAGUGUGUGUGUGCCACAUCUCUUUGUCUGUCUGUCUGUCUGUCUGUCUGUGAUUCACUCCUCACGUCGACAAACUGCAUGUUGGCUUUGCGGCCGAGGAUGUCGAUGAAGGCCCGUGCACGCUCCGACGGCAGCACCAGCGUGCCGUGCUUCAUCGUCUGGUGGCAAACACACACAACAAGCACAACACAACACGACACAUCAACCAGUGACACUGCAACCAGCCAUCACCAUUGAUAGCAUCGCCAAGCUGCUCACCUCUGAUCGCAGGAGCCCCAUGUCGGCUGGCCUGGGUCACAGGAACGAUGCAAACGCCACAACCGACCCCCCUUGGCUACCCCUCCCUUAAACCAAGCCCGAAGAUGACACCAAGUGAAUGACUCAACGCCGAUGGCGAACGAAGGGCAGUGCUUUCAGUCAGAAGUGCUGUUGUCGUGUGUUCACGGCCCUCGGAAGCUCAUUUGAGCGCCCUGACGUC